AAGCUCAAGCCUCGCAACGUUCAAGCUCGCUCUCUGCGCGCGUGGCCGAUCGAUCAUGGGGUUCCCCUUGGUGUGCUACUGCGUGGCGGUCCCGAAGCCGGUGAUCGCCGUCUGCCAGCUCAUCGCCGUCGUCACGCACGUGGUCCUCCUGGCGCUCUCCGCCGUCGGCCUCUGCCGCGCGCCGCCAAGCCGCUCCGUCGCCACCGACAGCGCGCCGCUGCCGGAGGAGGUCAAGGAGCAACUCCCGGCCGUCGAGUUCUGCUGGCUGCAGGGCCAGGAGGGCCUCGUCGGGGCCGCCGCCGCGGCGACGGCGACGUGCAUCGUGUGCCUGGAGCGGCUGGAGGUGACGGACGAGGUGCGGCGGCUGGGCAACUGCGCGCACGCCUUCCACCGUGGCUGCAUCGACGGCUGGAUCGACCUCGGCCGGACCACCUGCCCGCUGUGCCGGUCGCACCUGCUGCCACGGCCCCACCGCGCGCGCGCCGGCUUCCUCGCUCGCUUUUGGUGA